AUCCUCCGACCACGAAACGCGUGGAUCCUCUUUCGCAACGAGAUGCUCGAUCGCGUUCCACGCCUCCCUGACGGCUCCCGUCAGCCCAUGGCCGAUGCGUCCAAGAUCAUAUCUGCGUGGUGGAAGCAAGUAAGCCCAGAGGAAAAGUAUCGCUAUGAGCUCCAAGCAGAGCAGGAGAAGGAGGAACAUAAGCGAAAGUAUCCCAAUUAUCGCUUUCAGCCAAAG